CUUCUUUAUUUCUUUUGAUAUGGAACACCCACUUGCAGCCAAUGGCAUUUUGAACACUAGUGUGAGGAACAAGUUCCCAAGUACCCUAUCUAACCAAAGCAUUAAACUCAUCAGGCAUGGCCUAACACCAUUGAGGAUUUUUCAAGGCUUGACUGACACCAUUGAGAACCUUCUUCUUCCCCACGCACGCCGGCCUUCUCCCUUUUCUUCUCCCGCACUAGUGCCCCCUACGCCUAGAUCCCCUGCUGCUGCACCUCUGCGUCGGCCUUGCACUCGUGUGCCAAGCCCAGAUCCUUUGCUAUCGCGAACCAGCCUUGCUCCACACCCCUUGCUUACCGCGAACCAGCCUUGCUCUGCACCAAACCUGCUCUCUGCGCCCAGAUCGCCUGCACUCUGUGCCUAGAUCGCCUAUAAUCAUACCCCCUGCACACCGGCAAUCAUGCCCUUACACGCCUCCUACACCGCCCUCUCUUCUGCACCGUGCCCCUGCCCUUGCCGCCUGCGCCCCUAUUGCUGCUGCACUCUGCGCCCCUGCCUCUUGCACGCUACAGCCAUGCCCUUGCCUCACCUACAGAAAAAACAGCACAUACCAAACAAAAUUGGCAUCAUUUUUAUUUUAUUUCAUUUUUAUUUUGUUUUAUCAUUUGGGUGUAUAUAUAGAGCAAAAGUAGAGUAGGGGGGUCUUUGGUUGAUUUCGGAGAAAGACGGGUUGUUUUUCUGUGCUUGUUGUUUGGUGUUUGUGUGUUGAGAACAUUGGUGAAAGGAAGAGCAUUCUGUUGGAGGCAUCACUGGAUUACUAGUGGGAGAUAGAGGUUUAGUUCUUUCGGUAAUUUUCUGAAACUAAGAAAUUUCAAGAAAGGGUGGUGAAGGUGACGAAUAGAGCUUGAUCCCGUGGAUGGGGUUCCUCUGUUUGAAACUGGAUCUGCCGUCUUUUCUCUGGAAUUUUCAGUUCUAGAUUUCUAUGUUUGUUGAUGUAUGAUGUUAUUUUGGUGAUUGAUACCGAGACAUAUGGUAAUUGUUGAUGAAUGAAUGACAAGUUUUACU